AGCUGGUGACAGGAGCUGAGCAGUGGGUCCAAGUCCCCUGUUGCUGCCUUCUGGAAUGGUGAAGGCUGCUCCGAGACGAUGCUGCCCCUUUAAAGACAGAUGUGAAUUCUACAACAACAAAGCCACAUGCUGCCCGUUCCUAGGAUGUGACAUUCGGUGGCUCUGAUCUGCUCCGAUCGUUACGGACAGUGGCUGGUGUAUAAAGAGACUCUCUUGUACAUGUUUUGAAGGAGCAGACACACACACACACACACACAGUGGUUCCUGCUCUCCCCCCCGACCCCCCUCCUCCUUCACAAAACUCUGGUCAAUAGCUCCACAACACACAACUUUUCCCAGUGGAAAAAACAAGCAGUCACAGCAGAUGUGGAGCAACAGACCGAUGACGGGGUGUGGACAGAGAAACUCGCGGAUCAGGACUAGGGGGCAACAGAGCGGGCUGGACUCACGCGCUGGGCACCUCUCAAAGAUGACUCUAAACUCGCAGCGAAGCAAUAGCCACAGCUCGUUGAGGAGACGGGCCAGUUCUCCUGUACCCUCGGCCCACAGGACCCCUCACCCCCACCCGCAAGCCCACCCUGUCCUCAGCCUGACCGCCGACUGGGAGCCUCUCGCUCGCCCUCCCCGAGCUCAGCCGUCGUCACCGCUCGGUUACUCGCUCGCCGGCCAGCGCGGCAGCUCCUCCUCCUCCUCCUCCGACGCUUCCAGCGAUUCCGGCUGCGGAAUAUUCCGGGUGGUUUUACUCGGCGAUGGAGGGGUGGGCAAGUCCAGCCUCGCCAACUUCUUCGCUGGAGCUCAGGACGCUCAGAGCGAGCACGGCGGGGAGGAUUCCUAUGAGCGAACCCUAACCGUGGAUGGAGAGGACACGACUCUGAUAGUCAUGGACACAUGGGGGAGCGAGGGUGAGGAGCCCUGGGUGCAGGAUUACUGUAUGCAGGUGGGAAACGCCUAUGUUAUUGUGUACUCCAUCACUGACCGGGCGAGCUUCGAGAGCGCGUCUGAGCUUCGCAUCCAACUGCGGAGGACAAGGCAAGCGGAGAACAUCCCCAUCAUCUUAGUGGGGAACAAGAGCGACCUCGUGCGGUGCCGAGAGGUGUCUGUGGAGGAGGGUCGCACGUGCGCUGUGGUGUUCGACUGCAAGUUCAUCGAGACCUCGGCCACUCUGCAGCACAAUGUCAGGGAGCUGUUCGAGGGGGUGGUGCGGCAGAUCCGGCUGCGGAGAGACAGCAAGGAGGCCAACGAGCGGAGGAUGGCCAGCCUGAAGCGCAGGGAGAGCAUGACGAAGAGAGCCCGCAGGUUCCUGGACAAACUGGUGGCCAAAAACAACAAGAAAAUGGCCUUAAAAGUCAGGUCUAAGUCCUGCCAUGACCUCUCCGUACCCUAGAGAUGUGGGUGAUCCGUCCAGGAAAGCGUUUCGACAACAGGGUGGGGGGGGGUCUGGACAGUGGCUGGAGACUGGUGAAACCCACCCAGGAUUGUGUUCCGUUCUCUUAUGUUGUUCCCGCCCUGACCCCCUGGCCUGCUCACUGCUCGCUCCACCAGCUGCCUCGUCAACACAAUGAACCUAAUGAGAACUGAGCCUGACAGGCAGCGUGGCUGGGCGUGACCCCCCUCUCCUUCUCCCCCUCCUCUGCUCCCCCCGAGCACAGAGCACCAGAGG